UCUCCCGCCAUAAUCUUCUCCUCACUGCCUUCUCCUCCUUCUUCACUCGUCUGCUCCUCUUUCAUUUCCCCAUUUUAACUGAUAGCAGUCUGGAAUCAGGACGGUGUCGGUGUACUUUUUUUUCUGCUUCUUUCCACCCCUCCAUUGAAAGCCCCGUGCUCAUCUUGAGCAGUUCUCUGCUGUUUCACUUGAAGUGUUUUAGUUGUGUUGUUUUUUUUUCUUCUGGUACCGAUUCACUGAACCCAGUUCAACUGUUGGCUAAUGAGAAGUUUCCUAGUAAAUGAAAGUCGUUAUUAUUUUUUGUUUGUUCUUUUGAUUACAAGCUCUGUGUUGUUAACUUUUGCAUAAUUACAAUUCUAAACAAAAAAGGAUUCGUAUAAAACUGUUUAUGUUGCUAAGUGAAUCCUUUUCUUCUAUCUUAAAAGUUUAUUUUUACCAACUAACUUGCGUACGCACCUAGCGUAUAGCACCUGGUCUAACAAUCAACUCUACCUUUGGUAGAGGGAGAGGAAAAAAAAAAGACACCCCACAAGUUAUGGGAGGUACCUGCAUAAAAAACAUUCUUCUGUUUCGCCCCCUGUAUCAACAAUUGAAACUUGCAACCAGAGUCUCGUUUUGUGCCUGAGAUGGAGAGAUUGAAGGAGAAGGUCGUCCUGAAGGAGUAACAACACCAUGUCCCGGUGUUUGUGUCUUACCUUCUGUACUUCCAUGCUAAGGAGAUAGAGUUUACUGUGUUGGUGAACAAAGGCCACAGUGAAGUUUGGAAGGUGCGGCAUGAUCGUUGGAGAUGUACUGUCGAUGUAGAUUUAGGAGCAAACGUAACUUAUGCGAUAUGGCCUGAGUGCUAAGGAUUGAGAAGUAGACGUGGUUGUGGUAAUUCGUGUGUGUGUGUUUUUCUGGUGCGUUGUUAGCGGUUCUUUCGCCACGGAUAUCUAGUAUGGGAAUAUUCGAUGAUAUGGAGAAUUUUAUCAUUGACCAUUUCUCUGUCACCAAAAGGCACAAUGUGCAGCAGACCAUCGAGAUCACCAACAGUGUCGGGCAGCAGCUGUCAAGGUCGGAGCAGAACAGCUCGGAACUACUCUCGAGAUCUGGGAGCGUGCCUUUGGGUCAGAGGUCGCAGCAGGUCGUGUCGGUGACCCAGGGUCAGCUGACCAACGAGCAGACGAGCUGUCGGUCGCAGCACGUAAGCUCUUUGGCGUCGUCCUCCGAGCAGAUCUCAAGCAGACUUGAGCACGGUUCCCAGAGGAGUGAUGGAAGUAUUGGUUCCGACAUUCCUGAUUUGCAAAGAUCUCCACAAACAUUACGCUCUUCUGUACCUUCAUCUCCUUUCAGAGAACGGGUAUCUUGGGGUGAACGGGCUACUACGCCUGUCGGUUUUCCAGAACACUUCAGUCCACAACUUGAGCAUGUAGGUAUGUCUUCACCCUACAGAAGUCGACAAAGAGCAUCAUGGGUGGAACAGUCGAACUUGUCAGGAAACUCCACUGAGCAGAAAAGAGCAUUUUCUUUUGACCAUGUUUCAAGCUCGCCUGGUCUUAGAAGAGCGCAGAGAACAUUGAGUUCAAGUGAGCAUCAAAGAACUCCACAGUCUGAAUACGGACCUGCCAAUUCACCUUUUAGAACGGAAAGAACAACACCCCAAUCUGAGAAUUUGCCACCGAAUUCUCCCUUUAGAUCCGAACGGCAGAGGGUAGCCUCUCAAUCAGAGCCGACUUCAUCUGCCUCCUUAUAUCGAUGUGAUUGUGCCUCAACACAGAUUGACAACGCCAAAAAUGCAGCCAUCAGCGGAGAUUACCACCCGGGCGUGUCAUCCCCAAAGUUGUCUCAGAAUGUGAAGCACAGCAUUGACAUCUCGGUAUCCUCUUUUUCUAAGCCGAAACUUGUCCGCCUGCGUUCAGAGCCUUGUUCCUCUAGUCUCUCCAUGGACUUUUUUCCAGUAAGGGGUCACAGCCAAGAUGACCGCGUGAAAAGGAGGCGCGAGGAACUAAAGAGAUCCCAGUCUUUCGAAGCUAGCUCACCCACGUGUCAAGAAGCACUGUGGACGGGCAUUAAUGUCCCCAGCCAGUUGGUCAUCACACGUCCUCAACUGUCCAGGGCCAGAUUAAACAGGAAGCACCUUUCUCUUCACCUAGAAGGGUUUCCUGGAGACAGCAACUCGUCUCGAGGCGACCUGCCCUUACAGUUCCACGACACUCACGGGGAAAAUGUUGAGCUUCUCAACAACAAAACUCGGGCUCGUCGCUAUGAAAGUUUCUGCAAAGGCAUCUGUUUUAGUAACAGGCCAAUAGCGGUUGGAGAAAAGGUGUACAUUAAGUUUGUAGAGACCAACACCAACUGGAGUGGCGUGCUUAGAUUCGGCUUCACCAGCAUCAACCCUGCCACUAUUCGGGGAUGCGAUCUUCCACGGUACGCCUGUCCGGACCUAACCAACAAGCCUGGCAACUGGGCCAAAGCUCUCGGGGAGCGCUACACCACUAGCAACAUCCUCCUGCACUUCAGUGUCAACAGGAGCGGCGACGUCUACUACGGGGUAAAUGGAGAGGAGAAAGGGCUCUUUUUCAGCGGUGUGUCCACCAAUCAACCGCUAUGGGCAAUGCUGGAUAUUUAUGGCAACACUGUUGGUGUGGAGUUCUCUCACGCUAAUGCAGAGAUUGAAUUGCCUGCCAACGCUGCUCAGUUUGAUGCCAGUCCACUGCCAUCAGAUGUGGACCUUUUCACAUUUAAUUCUGCCUUAAGCUCUAUGUCUCUCAAUGAGCCCCCAAUCCCUCCCAGCCCAGCAUCUCCUCUGCCCAGUUUGACUUGGCAUGCUGGUGUCAACUUGACCCCUAUGCCACUGCACACUCUACAGGGAAAGAACAUCAGGAUAAGCAAUGAUAGAAGUGUGGCAGUCAGGCUAAGGGAUGAGUACUGUAAUGCUUUUGUCUUUUCCUCAAGACCCAUUCAUUGUGGAGAGACUUUAGUCAUACAGGUGUUAAGUAUAGACAGGUCUUUUUUUGGUGGUCUAGGCUUUGGACUGACUGCCUGUGAUCCAUCAACAGUAGACCCUGGCAGUUUGCCAGAUGAUUCAGAUCUUCUAUUGGAUCGUCUGGAGUACUGGGUGGUCAACAAAGAUAUCUGCAGAAACCCAGAGAUUGGGGAUGAGCUUAGCUUUCAUCUAACAGAAUCAGGUGAGGUAAGGUAUGCUAGAAACAAUCAAGCCCCUGUUACACUGAUGCAUGUGGACCGCACUCUUCCAUUAUGGGCUUUCUUUGAUGUCUAUGGUAACAUACAGAAAAUAAGAGUUAUAGGUACAAUUAUGGCCCAGAUUCAAGGUCGUCUGCCUAGGUCAGUGAGCAUGAACAGUUACAACAGUAGCCCUGGGAAUAGCGGGGCUGCUUACAGUGCUGGGCUGACAGUGGCUAUGCCUCCUCCUCCCCCUCACUCCAGCCCAGCCUCCCUGCCAGCUAAUGUCUUCAGGAGCAACAGUGUGCCAGUGCAGUACCACUCUCCCGCAGAAACUGAAGGGGACUUUUUCCGCAACCAGCAGACCACUUCCUUACCUGCCACGCCAUUGGAAGAUGGAGCCAGUGACUGUAAAGUGUGCUGGGAGAAAUCUAUCAACAGCGUCCUGUAUACUUGUGGUCACAUGUGCUUGUGUUUUGAUUGUGCAACCACCAUUCGCAAUGAGAAAGGACUUUGCCCUAUAUGUAGACAGACGAUACAGGAUGUAAUUAAAAUAUAUCGAUCUUAGCAGCAUGGAAAGAAAAUGUUAUGGGAGUUAUCCCUCUUGUAACAAUUCAAGUCAAUUAACAAUGGGUAUUUUCUCUAUGUGACCGCAAUAGAUGUUUUAUUUUAGCAAAGAUAAAUACAACAAUCAAUGUUUUAAGCCUUUUGAGGCAUGCAAGAGGACAGAUUGGCUGAUUUCUAUGGAUUGUGAUGUAUCAUGUUCACAAGUGACUGACAUUGCAGUGUUACUAUAUAGCAGUAAAAAUAAAAUAACGUAGAAUGUAUGUACAGUUAUAGGGUCAUGAUAUGAUUGUUCUAAGGUAGGUUAAUUGUCAUUUUCUUUCAUAUGCAUUUCUUAAAAUUGAUUCUCUAUUUGUAAAAUUACUUUCACUUCAAAUUGUAAAUAAUUUUAGCAUUACUUUGUCACUGUUAAGAAAUGUUUUGAUUAAAAUGUUUUAAGGUUUGGUAUUCUUUUAUGUUUUAACAAUUAAAAAUCUGAUUACAUGUCUUGAUUAAAGGGGAAAACAUUCAAUCCAAAUGAACUACGCUCAAUCCUUUUAUCUGCAUUGCUGUUGCUCUUGUUCACAUGUGAGCUAAAUUUAAAACAGAGCAUUGUACAAUAUGUGUUUAGUAUAAUUAAAGUAAAUAUUUUCUGAUGUUGCCAAAUAAUCAAAAUGUAUGAGAAAUGCUUUUAAUUUAUUCUAAUGAUUUUCAGUGUAAUUGUAAAUAUUUGGAUUAAAGACUGUUGCUGUCAAGCUAGUGUAUUUUUCUCACAUAAAUUUGUUGUUUUUUUCUCCCCCAAAAUAUUCAAUUUUGAAAGUCUUUGAAUCAUUAAAAUGUUUAGAGAAACCAACUAGUGCUGAACAGCAAUGUUAUAGGUUGCUUUUUUGUUGAUGAUAUUGUGCAGCAUGUAUAAUACAGUUUUACAGAAUUCAAAUUUUGAAAACAUUUGAUAUAACAUUUUGCUGUCUUUUUUUCUUCUUUGUCUAUUCAGAAAUUGGUAUUAAGUUUAUUUGAUGACUAUGCAACCAUGCUUACAUUGCAUCAUUUUAAAGUUGUACAUUCAGGUUAAAAAGAGACAGUUCACUAGUAAAUUAUUUCAAGUCAAAGUUUGUAUUAGCAAUAUUGCAUCUCAUGUUGUUCAUGGUGCAGAGAAAGCAUACAAAAAAAUCUCUAAAGUGUUUGAUUCAACAAUAGUUCAUUGUGGAUGGGGACAUGUGUGAUAAAUACAGUACAGGUAUCUUACUGAAGAUACAGUAUUUAUUCUGUCAUGUUACCAAGUCUAGCCAGCUCUACUGGGACCUAGUAUUAUGUUAAUAAUAAUAAUAAUCUUAAUUGUCCAUAUGGAAAUUUGUCUUAAUGAAAAAUAGAAGUGGCCACAAUGCUGGUCUUAUCAUUUUCAAUAGUAGAAAUGUGUGAACUUCUGCUUGUAUAAUCUAGUGAAACUUUUUAACUUUUGUUUCUGUCGUUUAAAACUGCUGUAGUAACAUUUGUAUGCAGCACUGUCCCUUCACAAGAUUUUGUAAUUAGUUCUUCAUUAAAAUCCAAAUUACUUUUUACUUUUUAAUUUAAAGCCAACAAAAUGACUAACUGCUUUAUAAUUGUUCUGACACAACCCUUGUCUUAUUCAAACAAAAUAACUAUUCAUUGAGGCUCAGAACACCUGAUUGUUUACAUAUUUAUAGUUGUAAUACUACAAGUGAAAAGCUCAUAAAAUAGAGCUUCAAUGUAUCUGAAUGAUGAAUGCCCUAACUUGCUUCACUUGCAGAGAGGAAGUCAAUGAAGUCUAUGUCUACCAUUCCUUUCAUAUUGUUUUGUUCAUAGUGCUUGCUUGUUAGCUCAAUAUCAAACUAUUUUUCAACGGACUUUUUUGUACUACAAUGUUUGUAUAGAUCAGUUUUGUUUUGAAAAAUAAUCUGUGAUUUUAGUUUAUUUAUUGCAAUGUUCCCACUAGUUUGACAGCAUUGUAUUUGUGGCUUGUUGGUUCACUUGUUAAGUAUUUGUCUAGUACUGUGUGACAUGCUUUUCAUAGUUGUUAAAAAAGUGUAUCCUCCAUGUAUGAAAUGUAUGGUGUAGUUUCAUUGAAGAUUAGUUCAUACAAGGAGUUAAAAUGGAUUAUGUUGUUACUGCUUGUAAACUCUGUAGCGUGUCUUUCCUCUUCAAUGUAUUGUGACAUUGUCCAGAUAUUCAUGAUUCCCUCCCUUAUUUUCUUGCAGGUAAUUGCUUCAGUACUCAGUACUCUAAUGAAGGCAUUUUUUUUUUUAAAAUCAAUGUUGGGAUUUUUCAAGUAUUUGGGACAAACAUUGUUGACAUGUUACUUCACUUUGUUGUUAUUUGACAGUUCACUCUUGUUAGCAGUGUCAGAGUCACUGGUUCAUUAUUUACUGACAUUGUAGUUCAAUGACUAGCAGCUACCUAACUAAAAAAAAAAAGUAAAUAUUUACAUGAAGUUGCUUAUUCUGCAUCUUCCCCUGGUGUGGCUAAGUGACAAAGCAGGCAGCUUGAGGGCUGAUUGAUGGCUUGUUGGACUGUCACUUCUUUGCCAUACAUGUUGUAGACAUCUUUGUAUUAAAGUAAUCCUACUGGGCACACUUGCAUGGCAUAUGUAGCAGCACUUGUUUUUUGGACUUAAAGAUGCACACCAGCAAUACAAUUGUCUUACAUUCAAAUGUUGUGCAUUCAUUCUUUUAUGUGCUUUAUGACAAUGUACUUGAUUGGAAAAUCAAUUCUCUUCAUGUUAACAUUUCUUUUGUAUAAUUAUUAUGUCAUUGCUAUCGCUUUAGCCUUUUUUUUUUUUUUUCGUGUAAUUAGAAUUAAAAUAUCAUGUUCAUUUUUAGGUUUUGAUUGUUACACAUAAAAUUUAUUUUAAAAAAAUGAAAUUAAUGAAAUAAUUAGCUCAUCUGUAAUUAAUUUUGUUGCAUUUUUUUUAUUGAAACAUAAAAUAUCAUCAAAAUCAUGUUUGUAUUUUAAAACAACAAAAAAAAACAACAAUAUUACAGUAGACAUUUUGUUCCCUGUGUUGAGCAGGUAUAGGAGACAAUGUCAAAUGUUUGAAACAUUUUCAAAAGAAAUAGUAAGGUACAAAAUGGACUCUUCAAAAGAUGUAAUGUAUUGGAAUGAUUAAAUGUAGUCCUAGACAUGAUCAAAGAACUAGAAUGUACUCUUGGAUCAGAUUAUUAUGUAUGAUCUUUUCAUCCUUUAUGAUCUUCACAUUUUGUUUUUCAAAACUUGUCAAUUCUGAUUUGUAGGCCAGCUUGAGUUUCUGUUUUGAAUCACCUCUAAUAAUAAAUGGACUAGAGCAUGUAACAGGCACACAUAUAACAUAAGAACCAUUGGCUUUCUUAGAACUGUUUAUGCAUUCCAAGUUGCUCUCCCUUUGUACCCAUAUGUUUUGUUUGUAGAAGAAAACCUUUUGUUGUGGCUGUGUUUCAUCCUAGACAGUUAUCUCCCAUGCUGUCCCAAUCUAAUGCUAACUUAUGAUCUAGAGACUGAGACAGUUCCUAUGAGCUCAGUAGCUAGGCAGGGUCCUUUGUAGUUACUAAAAGUGUAAAUGAGUGCAGGAUUACUGGUCAAGAAGGGGAGGGGGGCAUGCAUUCAGUAGUAUUGAAAUUCAAUGAUUAAUUGCAGGAGGUCUCAGCCAGUGGCAUGUUGGUCAGAUAGUGCCCAUAACCUUUUCACUGCUGGUCCUUGUGUAUACAGACCAAAUACUUAGACAUCUAGAUCUAGUAGAAAUAUAGAUUUAGGAUGUACAUUUCCAUUAUAUUUACUAACAGUAUACUUUUGAAAAGAAAAGGUCACUGAGACUCAGAAUGUAUACAUGAGCUGUGGCAAUGGCCUGUAUUUGUGUGUGUGUGUGGUUGGGGGGUGAGGGGGAUUGAAAACAAUGCUUGCUAGUAUUUGUUGAAGUGAUCUUUGUAACAAGCUGAAAACAUUUCAUGGGACUAAGUUGUGUUUGAAAUAUUACAUGGAAGAAAAAUAUGUGCAGAGCUCAGACUGUUUUACCCUGCCCAUGUGGCUGAUGUCUUUUAUUUGUGAUGAAACAAUCUUCACGUUCAGUCUAAGUGUAAGUUAAGUUGUAGUCACUUUUUAUUUUGACUUAUGAAAUUUUUAAUAUUGAGGUAGUGGUUCAUUGAUUCGUCUUUCCAUGAAUGUCUCCAUUUCAAACGUUUUUUCUUGUACAGAUGAGGAACUACUAAAACACAAAAUGUUUGUUUUUAUAAUCCUGUGAAUUAGAAUGACAAUAAAGAGAGCAAAUGCCUUAUAAAACAA